UCUGUGGCUCACUCGGUCGCUGUGAUCCAGCCCAACUUCACUCUCACGGACGCACAGGCUCGCUCAACGCUCUGGAAAACACACCAUGCGUACCUGUCCGGAGUUAUUCUUACUUCCUAUGUUGGAUUUUUCGGACGCAUCUGGCUGAAAACAAAACAAAAAAAAAGAGAGAGAGAGACACAGACGCUUGUCCUCCCCCCACUGGGAUAUUCGGACCUGCUGGCGUUUGAUUUCUUUAUUAUUGAACGUGGAGAGCUGAUCGCAACAAGGGGUUUAGUACACAAGGCCUUGCCAUGACGCUGGACCUGUGAAGUCAAGAAGCUCCGAAGCAAACCUUUGAACUUUUGUGCUUGGUGAACCGCAAUCAUCGCCCAACCAUGAGGAGGUGCUCUCACGUUCUGCCUCUCGCCGUGCUCGCUGCUCUGCUGCUGUCUCAGGUCUGCUCUGGGAUCAAAUGGCUAGCAAUAUCACAUGCACCCAAGAACUUACACAUCAACCAGACCCAACACUGUAAGCUGUUGCCCGGCCUGGUGUCCUCACAAGCUCAGCUGUGCCGAAGCAACAUGGAACUCAUGCAAACCAUCAUCCAAGCAGCCCGCGAAGUCAAGAAAACAUGUCAAAAGACCUUUGCUGACAUGCGCUGGAACUGCUCCUCCAUAGAGCUUCCCAAUGAUUCAUUCAAGUAUCGUCCAGACCUUGACCGAGGAACAAGGGAGUCUGCAUUUGUCUAUGCCCUUUCUGCUGCCACCAUUAGCCACACCAUUGCGAGGGCGUGCACCUCUGGAGAUUUGCGUCUGUGCUCAUGCGGUCCCAUUCCGGCUGAGAUCCCGGAGCCUGGCUAUCGCUGGGGGGGCUGCGCUGACAACCUCCAUUAUGGGUUGGUUAUGGGUUCCAAAUUUGCAGAUGCUCCCAUGAAGAUGAAACGUGCAGGCUCCCACGCCAACAAACUAAUGCACCUACAUAACAGUGAAGUUGGGAGACAGGCAUUGAGGGAGGCGGUGGUGAUGAAGUGCAAGUGUCACGGCGUAUCAGGCUCCUGCUCAAUAAGAACGUGCUGGAGAGGCCUUCAGGACCUGAGAGAGAUUGCCUUGGAUCUGAAGACUAAGUACUUGUCAGCUACCAAGGUGGUUCACAGACCCAUGGGGACCCGCAAACAACUGGUGCCCAAAGACAUUGACAUCAGGCCUGUGAGGGAGAAUGAGUUGGUCUACCUGCAGAGCUCCCCAGAUUUCUGCACCAAGAAUGACAAACUGGGUUCAGUUGGCACACAGGACAGGCAAUGUAACAAAACUUCGGCCGGCAGUGACAGCUGUGACUUGAUGUGCUGCGGCCGUGGCUACAACCCGUACACGGAGAAGCUUGCGGAACGCUGCCAUUGCAAGUACCACUGGUGCUGCUACGUAACCUGCAAGAAGUGCGACCGCGUUGUGGAGCGAUAUGUCUGCAAAUGAGUCCUUCAGCUGUACUGAGCCACAGAUGAACCAAAGCACUACAAUACCCAGAAGGCAAACUUACGUCUUCAUCGUUCGCAUGUCUAUUUCACCAUGACGUGGUGUGUUGUUGUGUCAUUAUAACUUUAGUAAAGAUUUUCCAAACUGCCAGUUGGGUUUCUACUGGACGUGGAAAGUGACGACAGCCGUCCUCAUGGGUAGUUUCCUUUUCCUGUUAAUGAGCGCGAAUUCCCCAAGAGUGGAUAAGAAAGGUCUAUUUUAUUAUAGCGCUAAUAAAAUGUAAUACCAUUGGAUCUUAAAGCUGGAGGAGAAGCGUGAUGUUAUAUCUCUCCCUUGACAGAAAUCUGUGGACUUGUGGGACCGUUUUUUUUUUUUUUUUUUUUUUUUUAGGUACAGUUGAUACUUUUUCCUCCUGCUUCAACGGACGGGAGAGGAAAAGUAAAUAAAGGGAACAUAGAGUACUUUUUCAAACACAGACAACAGUAUUUUGGACUCUGGACCCACACAUUGUCAUGUGUGUAUCUUCAGCAUGACUUUUUUUUUUCUCCUUGUGGACUGAAAAAAGAGGGAAAAAGUAGUUGCAGAUUAAUCAUCCUUUACAUCUUGACAUGCAGUGACUUUAAAGUAUAUUCUAUUAUCAAGAGCAUUAUGAACUCAUGGAUUUUCCAAACCACUUUUGCGUGGA